AUGAGUAGAUCGCCUGAUUUUUGUUCUAGGUCCUACACGAAACUAUGCCUCCUAAGCCACUGUCUUUCGAUUCAAGAGAAUAUUAGGAUGAUCGAUUCAUCUCCAAUCCGCUACCUUUUGACUGGCUCGGAUCGUCAGACGCUCUCGAUCCACAUAUUAUCACUGCUCUGCAAAUCAUUCAAGACCCUCAGCCACAGGUCUUACACAUUGGUUGCGGAACAUCACUCAUGUCUUACCAUUUGCGCGAACAACGCCAGAGCAAAUCCACAAUAUUGACUACUCGGAAGUUGCGAUCAAUAUCGGUCGAGAAAAAGAAGCAGAGAUGUCUGGGUUCACCAAUAAUGCAACAUCAAACCCCUCGGCAAUGCGUUGGUCUUGCGUCGACCUGUUAAGUCAUUCCUCCGUGCUAUUGGCCUGUCAACCCUCCACAUACUCUCUCGUGAUAGAGAAAUCAACUUCGGAUUCUAUCUCUUGCGCUGAUGACGUGCAAGUGGCAUUGCCGUACUGUAUCAACGUUCCGCAAGACGCUGUUCCAGUUCCUGGAGUGAAACAAACGCAACGUUCAGUUCAUCCUUUACAUCUUGUGGCAAUUCACCUAGCACUUGUCACCAAACCAGGGGGUCGCUGGAUAUCGCUUUCAUACUCUGAUAACCGAUACCCAUUCCUCGAUGAAUCUGGAUUGGAAAAUAGCAUCUCCGAUCCUAUGCCUACUCAAAAUAGUAAAGAUAUGACUUCACGUAGGAUUGUAGACGAUAGAACAUUAGCCGCCGCGGGAAAUGAGCUCCCAAAUCCGAGCAGGCUGUGGAAGUUGGUCUGA